CGAUUCUGCAACAUGUCUGAAUGAGUCUGUCCAAGUCUGUGGGAGCUGUGGAAGAUCCUGUGAUCCUUCCCUGUGACCUGCUGAUCAGAUAGUGAAGGGAUUACCGCUCCUCAUGCUGCUAGUGGCAGGUAAUGGAAGCUCCUCCGGCUAAGCGAGCCAGGUCUAUGAAAUCACCCGAUGACUGUAUCACUGAAGCUGCUACACUCUUUUCCUCCGCACCUCUGUUUGUGGACAGUAACUUCCCUGAGGAUGAAGCCCUACAUAUCCAAGGAAUACAGUGGAAGAGACCAAAGGAGAUCUGCGACUCUCCCUGCUUUAUUGUAGAUGGAGCUACCAGGAUGGACGUGUGCCAGGGUAAUCUGAGUAACUGCUGGUUCCUGUCAGCUGUGGCCUGUCUGUCUCUGUACCCCAGUCUGCUGGAGCAAGUGGUGCCCACGGGACAAGACUUUGAGGACGGGUACAAUGGCAAAUUCAAAUUCCAGUUUUGGCAGUACGGACAUUGGGUUGAAGUUGUGGUGGAUGAUCUGCUACCCACGGUUCAGAUUCAGGAUAAUGGUAGAACUCAAUCCAAUUUGCUUUUCAUGCACUCGAAGGACAAGGCCGAGUUCUGGAGUUCGCUUCUAGAGAAAGCCUAUGCAAAACUGAAAGGUGGUUACUCGACUCUCCAGAUGGGCUUUGCCGGCGAGGCUUUGGAGGAUAUGACUGGCGGUGUGGUACAAAGCUGCAGUACUGAUGGGCCGGUAUCAGAGUUAUGGAAUCACCUGAAGAAUAUGCUCCAGAAAGGAGCCCUUAUCUGCUGCGGUAACACUCAGGGAGAAAUUGAGACUACCAAUCUGAUGGGGAUUCUCAGCCACCACAUGUACUCAGUGACUGCGACAAAAGAGGUUCGGACAUUACACGGGUCAGUAUGUUUGCUGCGAAUUCGGAACCCCUGGGGAUACACAGAGUGGAUUGGGCCAUGGAGAGAUGGGGGGCUAGAAUGGCAGACUGUCACCGAGCCUGACCAGUCAGAGAAUGUAAUCCUGGAAGAUGGAGAAUUCUGGAUGGCGGUUGAGGACUUUCAGGGGAAUUUCCACUUCCUGGAGAUUUGUCACUUGGGGCCACAAAGUCUUCUGCAAGCUGGCGGAGCUGAGAAACCUUGGGAAUAUGUCACCUAUGAGGGACGCUGGGUGAAAGGACUGACAGCAGGGGGCAGCCUUCCUUGCACUGAUUAUUAUUGGAUGAAUCCCCAGUUUUCCCUCACUCUCCUGGGCAAUGACACCAGCACUGGGGCGCAGCCAUCUUGCAGCUUUAUUGUAUCUGUUAUGCAGAAACACCAGAGGUUACGAAGGACCACACACAUGCGUGUUGCAUGUCACAUAUUUCAGGGGGGUGACAGCCAUGCGUAUCUGUUCCAAGACCUGCUCCGCUCCUCCCAGCCACUGCUUAGUGUCGGACCCUGUGAUAAUCACAGAGAGGUGGUCCUCUGCUCGAGCCUGCCACCCGGACACUAUACAAUCAUCCCAUCCUUAGAGAAGGAGUCCGAUGAGGGAGAGUUUCUGAUCAGGGUCCUGACUGAGAAGGAAAGUGGUUCCAGGUCAGUGGUAGAUCCUGCAAACUGUGGAGCUAUUCUGGCUGUGAGCCCCACAGAGGAUCAGUGUCGGAGCAGAUUUGUACAGUAUGCAGACCAGGAUGGCAGAGUCAAUGAUGUGCAACUUCACAAGCUGUUGGCUUCACUACUGAGCAAGUUUGUUCCCCUCUUGCCGGACUUUACCCUGGAGAUGUGCCGCUCCCUGAUCGCCUCCUUGGAUAUAACCGCUGUGGGAGCCCUGGCCUGGGAGCAGUUUGACACCCUCUGGAAGAGAAUCACAGCCGGCACACGUAUAUUCUGCACCUUACACAUGACUGACAGAAUCCACAGGGACCAGCUAGUACCAGCUCUACAGGCAGCAGGUCUUCCGGUGGAUGAUUUCCUGGUACGCCUGGCCCAAGUCAGAUAUGGAGACUCUGAGGGCUUUCUCAGUUACCCCGAUUUCAUCUGCUGUCUCCUGAAGCUUCAAAGUCUGACAGAGAAGUUCCAGGCUGCAGACCAGACCGGUUCCGGCUCAGUGACCCUAAAUUACCGUCAGUGGCUGCUACUGGCUGUGUACAGCUGAAGGGAAACGUAUGGAGACCGACCACUGGAAGCAGCCUUCAAGAUGUCACAUGUAUGAACAUUGGCUUGGGUCUACGUAUUCAAGGAUGUCAUCUCUCACGCGACGCGUUUGAUGUGAAGAAAAACAGAUUUCCUGGAAAUUUUGUUCCAUUUCAAAACCAAUACCUCAUAAACCCCAUUUCAUGUAUACAGGGGUGGGAGGGAAAACUAGCCCGGGAAAUUUAUGGAAGCAGACCUAAUGGGGGCGGGGUCUGUUGAGAGGGUGGAGUCUGUCAAGGGGGCGGGAUCCCAUCUUAUAGGGCUGCGUCUGAGUUGGACGCAGUUGCGGCCUUCCCUCCACUUUUUGCUGCAGUUGCGCCGGUGUACAUACGUGCAUCCAAAUAUGAAUUUGCAUUUCAUUAUGAACGUCCAUAUACUUCAUCAUAGCAUGCAAAGCUGUGCACACCUGAAGAUUGCACAAAAAAAGAAUCUAACUGCGUUCUUCCCUGUAGGGGGCCUCAUUUUUGCACAUUCUUUUGUUUGGUUUAUACUGUAAGUCCUGAGGGAGGUUUAUGCAUGACUUGUUUUCUGGGGUAUUUCUAUUGAAGUUAGUUGGAUCAUUAUUGAAUAUGUGCGGAAAUACUGUUGGAAGAUGCUGUAAAAAGAAUGAACUGCGUCCCCUCUGUGCAUUUCACAGCCGCAUGUUGUUUGCUACUGGGUCUACUGUGGUAUCCGGACUCCAGGUCGACAGCACAAA